UCAAUCUUUCCCAGAAUAAUGGUCUUUUCCAAUGAGUCAGUUCUUCCUAAAUUUUUUAAUUCAAAAUAAUCAGUAUGUCUCUGAGGCACAUUUUGGGGCCACCUAUGCUGGACCCCACAAUCGGCAGAGAAAGGACUACCAGUGACUGUCAGUGACCAUCUUGUAUGGGGGAGGGUGAUGUGGCCAGAAAGGGCUUCAGGGUGGAAGAGGGAGGGAGACCUUAUGGCCUGUCCUCUGCCCCUGUUCACACCCUUGAAGCAGCCGGUGGCGGUGAGGGCCUCCCUGGACGACACCUUGGGUGAUACGGGUGAUGUCAUGAGAUGUCACCGUGGGCAUCGUGUCUCCAGGGAAGCUCGUGCAUGUAUUUAUUUUCGCAUUCAUAACCUGAGGGAAGUAGUCGUGCUGCUUACCGAGGCCCCGGUAAUGGAGACCAGGUCAGAGCAAGGGUUUUGGAAAACAGGAUCUGUUCUAUUUGGAGGGGCCGCAUCACAGAGUGCAAGGCUCUGCCACUCCCAAAACCAGCUCUGCGGGCAGUGGGGACUUUUCUCCUUCUGGGAAAACAGAAGAAGUGACUCAUGUCUGGAAGCAGGAGGCUGGGACCCCAUCGUGAGCACUGCGUGUGAGGACCGGGCAGUUUCUCCCCUGGUCUCGGGCUCCCAGGCAUCACCGGGUACACAGGAAUGGGGGUGGGUGGGCACGGUGCUCUUUCUCUGGUCCUUCACGGUGACCCAAGAGUGUGAAUGGGCGCCUGGGCCCCGUGGCUGUACCCAUGCGUCCAGACUGCCCACACCUGAUGAGGCCUGAGCUCGGGCAGUGGGAAGAGUGUGCAAGCCAGAAGACAGUGGGGCCCCCCAGGAGGAAACACCUGACUCAUCCCCCCGACCCACUUUCCAGCCCCGGUGGCUAGCUUCUCACCUUGGGUGGUCUUGGGGUGUGGCAGCUUCAAGUGGGAUCUCAUUCCCUGACAGGGAAUUGAACCUGGGCUGUGGCAAUGAGUGCACUGAAUCCUAACCACUAGACCACCAGGGACCAGUGGCUAGAGUCAGUCACUAGUGGUUCGGUUCUCAGCUAUUUUGAAGAAAGAAAUCAGCAAAGAGAUGAAAAGCGGUGAGGCAAGUAAAUGUGUAUUAAGAACAGGCUACUUGCAAAUAGACACAUGGUUGCACUCACAGAAUUAUGUGCAGCGGGGGCAGCUUAGAUCGCUUAUAUGGGGCCAUUUUCUGGGUAUUUGUUUCCCUCGGGCCAAUUAUCCUACUUUCUGCCCGUAUCUGGGCUGACGCAGGCCCUUCCGCUAUGUGUGUAUGCAUCUUCUAGCCGAGACAGAUUCUAGCACGAAGGUCUCUGAGAGGUUGACAGGACAUGUUAUGGACUAGUGCUCCUUCCUUCUGGACCCCCACCGAACGUUUCUGUGCUUGUACAGAGGGGUGGGGGUGGGGGUCUCCUUGACCUCAAGGAUGAAAACUGAGAUUGUCUUGUUUUUAUUCCAUCAGAGCUUAGCUCCUCUCUGCUCCUGCCAAGGUAACUUUUCCUUGAGAUGUUGGAAGGAGAAUUUCCUCAAAAUGUCUAAUUGCUCACCUUGUGGCCCACCCACCUCCUACCUCAUUUCCAGGCCCCCUGACUUUGAAAGCCAGAGAGAAGCUUGUUUUGAGGUAGCAGGACCAAGCCUGUUCUGUGGAGCCUGAGCCGGGCAUUGGGAUGGAGUCACUGGUGAAGAGGCGUCGGGAUCAGGCCAGCUCCAGGGAGGAAGACAGCUUUGGGGUGCAGCCCAGGAGGGUGGCCGACCUGGCCAUGGUCCCCAACCUCCGGCGGAGCAGCACCAGUCUCUGCAGGAACAGGAGGUCGCAGCGCCUCUUCAGCAACUGUGAAAAGCAAGGAAACCUGAGUUCAUGGAUUCCUGACAACAUCAAGAAGAAAGAAUGCAUAUACUUUGUGGAAAGCUCCAAACCGUCUGACACUGGGAAGGUGGUGUGCGAGUGCGGCUACCCACGUGAGAAGCACCUGGAGGAGGCCACGUGGUCCCACACCUUCCAGGGCCAGGAGUGGGACCCGAAAAAGCAUGUCAGGGAGAUGCCAACAGAUGCAUUCGGUGACAUCAUCUUCACGGGCUUGGGCCAGAAAGUGGGAAAGUACGUCCGCCUCUCUCAGGACACUCCCUCCAGCCUGAUUUACCAGCUCAUGACCCAGCAGUGGGGCCUGGAUGCACCCAACCUGCUCAUCUCCGUGACCGGCGGGGCCAAGGACUUCAACAUGAAGCCCAGGCUGAAGAGCGUUUUCAGAAGAGGACUCCUCAAGGUGGCCCAGACCUCAGGGGCCUGGGUCAUCACCGGGGGGUCCCACACUGGCGUGAUGAAGCAGGUGGGCGAGGCGGUGCGGGACUUCAGCCUGAGUGGCAGCUUCUGCGAAGGGGAAGUGGUCACCAUCGGGAUCGCCACGUGGGGUGCCCUGCACAACCGGGAGAGCCUGAUCCACCCCAUGGGUGGCUUCCCUGCCGAGUACAUCAUGGAUGAGGAAGGCCAAGGGCACCUGACCUGCCUGGACAGCAACCACUCCCACUUCAUCCUUGUGGACGAUGGGACCCACGGCCGCUAUGGGGUCGAGAUUCCCCUGAGGACAAAGCUGGAGAAGUUCAUAUCACAGCAGACCAAGGAGAGGGGAGGCGUGGCUAUCAAGAUCCCGAUUGUCUGCGUGGUGCUGGAAGGGGGCCCCGGCACACUAAACACCAUCUACAACGCCAUCAACAACGGCACCCCCUGCGUGGUGGUGGAGGGCUCGGGCCGCGUGGCUGACAUCAUCGCGCAGGUAGCCGGCCUGCCCAUCUCUGAGAUCACGAUCUCCCUGAUUCAGCAGAAGCUGAGCAUGUUCUUCCAGGGGAUGUUUGAGACCUUCACGAUCAUCGAGUGGACCAAAAAGAUUCAAGACAUCGUCCGGAGACGGCAGCUGCUCACUGUGUUCCGGGAAGGGAAGGAUGGCCAGCAGGACGUGGACGUGGCCAUCCUGCAGGCCUUGCUGAAAGCUUCUCGGAGCCUUGACCACUAUGGCCAUGAGAACUGGGACCACCAGCUGAAGUUGGCGGUGGCGUGGAACCGCGUGGACAUUGCCCAGAGUGAGAUCUUCACCGACGAGCGGCAGUGGAAGCCCUCAGAGCUGUACCCCAUGAUGGUGGCCGCCCUCAUCACCAACAAGCCCGAGUUCGUGAGGCUCUUCCUGGAGAACGGGGUGCAGCUGAAGGAGUUCGUCUCCCAGGCCACCCUGUUCUACCUGUACCAGAACCUGGAGCCCACCUGCCUGUUCCAUUACAAGCUGCACAAGGUGCUUCCUGGGGAGACCGAGCACCUGGACCCCAGCGUGCUUCUGCACCACGUGGCCCAGGUGCUCCGGGAGCUCCUCGGGGACUCCACACAGCCACUGUACUCCCGGCCCCACUCCAGCGACCGGCAGCGCCUCCUCCCGGUACCCAGCAUCAAAAUCAAUGUGCAGGGAGUGAGUCUCCGGCCCUUGUACAAGCGUUCAUCAGGCCAAGCUACCUUCACCAUAGAUCCGGUCCGUGAUCUUCUCAUUUGGGCCAUCGUGCAGAACCGCCGGGAGCUGGCAGAAAUCAUCUGGGCUCAGAGCCAGGACUGCAUCGCGGCAGCCUUGGCCUGCAGCAAGAUCCUGAAGGAGUUGUCCAAAGAGGAGGAAGACACGGACAGCUUGGAGGAGAUGCUGGUGCUCGCAGACGAGUAUGAACAGAGAGCCAUUGGGGUCUUCACCGAGUGCUACCGGAAGGAUGAGGAGAGGGCUCAGAAGCUGCUGGUCCGCGUGUCGGAGGCCUGGGGCAGGACCACCUGCCUGCAGCUGGCCCUGGAGGCCAAGGACAUGAAGUUCAUGUCUCACGGGGGCAUCCAGGCCUUCCUGACCAAGGUGUGGUGGGGCCAGCUAGGUGUGGACAAUGGCCUCUGGCGCGUGGUGCUGUGCAUGUUGGUCUUCCCGCUGCUGUACACUGGCCUCAUCUCCUUCAGGAACCAGCAGCUGCGGGCGGGGCGGGGCCUGGCCCGCGUCCGCGCCUUCUUCAGCGCGCCCGUGGUCGUCUUCCACAUGAACAUCCUGUCCUACUUCGCCUUCCUCUGCCUGUUUGCCUACGUGCUCAUGGUGGACUUCCAGCCCCAGCCCUCUGGCUGCGAGUACCUCAUCUACGUCUGGCUCUUCUCCCUGGUGUGUGAGGAGCUGCGGCAGCUCUUCUACGACCCCGACGGGAGCGGGCUGCGGAAGGCAGUAAUCGUGUACUUCAGUGACUUCUGGAACAAGCUGGACGUGUGCGCUAUCCUGCUCUUCAUUGCGGGGCUGACCUGCCGACUCAUGCCCUCGCUGCUAUACACCGGGCGCAUCAUCCUCUCCCUGGACUUCACCAUGUUCUGCCUGCGGCUCAUGCACAUUUUCACCAUCAGCAAGACGCUGGGGCCCAAGAUUAUCAUCGUGAAGCGGAUGAUGAAGGACGUCUUCUUCUUCCUCUUCCUGCUGGCCGUGUGGGUCGUGUCCUUCGGGGUGGCCAAGCAGGCCAUCCUCAUCCACAACGAGAGGCGGGUGGAGUGGAUCUUCCGGGGGGCCGUCUACCACUCGUAUCUCACCAUCUUCGGGCAGCUCCCAACCUACAUUGAUGGCGUGAACUUCAGUCCAGACCAGUGCAGCCCCGAUGGCACGGACCCCUACAAGCCCAAGUGCCCCGAGAUCGACCAGGCGCGGCAGGAGCCCAUGUUCCCCGAGUGGCUGACUGUCCUCCUGCUCUGCCUCUACCUGCUCUUCACCAAUAUCCUGCUGCUCAACCUGCUCAUCGCCAUGUUCAACUACACCUUCCAGCAGGUGCAGGAGCACACGGACCAGAUCUGGAAGUUCCAGCGCCACGACCUGAUCGAGGAGUACCAGGGAAGGCCCCCCGCCCCACCCCCCUUCAUCCUCCUCAGCCACCUGCACCUCUUCAUCAAGAGGGUCAUGCUGAAGAUCCCCGCCAAGCGGCAUAAGCAGUUCAAGAACAAGCUGGAGAAGAACGAGGAGGCGGCCCUCCUGUCCUGGGAGAUCUACCUGAAGGAGAACUACCUGCAGGAACAGCAGUUCCAGCGGAAGCAGAGUCCAGAGCAGAAGAUUCAGGACAUCAGUGACAAGGUGGAUACCAUAGUGGACCUGCUGGAAACGGCACCUCUGAAGCAGUCGGGAGCCGUGGAGCAGAGACUGGCCUCCCUGGAGGAGCAGGUGGCCCAGACAGCCACAGCCUUGCACUGGAUUGUGAAGGCCCUGAGGGACAGUGGCUUUGGCUCGGAAGAAGGUGUCCCCACUCUGGUACCCGAGAAGGCCUCAGUGGGGCGGGGCCCUGAGCUGGACAGCAGAUCAAAGGCGGAGGACCCCUGCGAUGCCUACCACGUGAAUGCCCGGCACCUGCUCUACCCGAGUUGCUCUGUCCUGAGGUUCCCGGUGCCCAACGAGAAGGUGCCCUGGGAGACGGAGUUCCUCAUGUACAACCCGCCCUUCUACACGGCCGACAGGAAGGACAAGGACCUGGUGGACCCCGUGGGGGAUGCCCUGGAACCUCUGUCCAAGAUCAGCUACAACGCGGUAGACGGGCCGCUGGACCGGCGCAGCUUCCAUGGAGUCUACGCAGUGCGAGAUGGGCUCCCUCUGAACCCCAUGGGCCGCACGGGACUGCGUGGCCGCGGGGACCUCAGCUACUUCGGCCCCAAUCACACGCUGCAGCCUGUGAUCACCCGCUGGAGGCGGAGCCUGGAUGGUGCCAUCUGCAGGAAGAGCGUCAAGAAGAUGCUGGAGGUGCUGGUGGUGAAGCGUGGCCCCUCUGAGCACUGGAUGCUGCCUGGGGGCUCCCGGGACCCAGGAGAGGUGCUGCCCCGGAAGCUAAAGCAGGUCCUGCGAAGAGAGUUCUGGUCUUCCUUUGAGAGGUUGCUGACUCAGGGCACGGAGGUGUACAGAGGAUACGUGGAUGACCCCAGGAACACGGACAAUGCCUGGAUCGAGACGGUGGCUGUGAGCAUCCACUUCCAAGACCAGAGCAAUAUGGAGCUCAAGAGGCUGAACUCUCAUCUGUACUCCUGUGACGAGGGGAUGGCCAUCCGCUGGCAGGUGGUAGAUGAGCGCAUUCCUCUGUAUGACAACCACAAGGCCAUCCUCCAGAAAGUGGCUGCCUGGUUCGAGGCCUACUACUGACCAGAGACCCAGCUUGCCUGGCUCUGUGGGGGCCGGCGGGGUUGGUCCGUCUACGGCCCACUGGGGGUGUCUGCCCCUCAUGGCCAGCUCAUGAACUGGAGGCAUUGGGGUGCUCUGGGAGGAGGGCCGAGCAGGGCACAGACAGGCUCUGGCCAUGAGGCAGGGCCUCAGGGUCAAGUUGGCCACUGGGACUCCGCCAGCCAACACUGCCUCUCCUGAGCCUGCUGGUGGCCUGUGGACGCCCUCCUGGCCACAUCCUCUGAGCAGCACGUCCACCCCAGCAGUGCAUCUGCCCCAGGCCGAGGCUCCCCGGAGAGUCAGCGCUCCCUGUGGCCUCCUCCUCAGGCCCACGGCCCCGAGAGGGCCUCCACUGUGCCCUAACUCAGACCCUCACCUGGCCUGGGGCAACCUGGGACCCCAGUUCCCAUGACCAUCAGGGCUGAGUCCCAUGGUGGGGCAGGAGGGCAAGCUCCCACCUCCUGUGUUGCAGAGGUCUCUGCCUGUGUGCUAUCCCGGGUCCAGGCCGGGAGGACACAGAAGCACCCGGGGUAGGACCUCUCCUGCACAUGGUGCUCCCUCCCCUCUCCUCCAGGGAGGAGUGGGUGGUGGGUGUGGACUGAGGGGCCACCCAGUUUAGUAUCAGCAACUCACAGACUGUCAGCAGCCUUGGGAUGUUGUGCAAACCCCGCACCAAACCUGCCCUCCCCACCAGCGUCACUGGUCUCUUGUUUGUCCCUCAGAUGGAGUUGCAGACAUGAGCAGUGGUGGGGGUUGUGUCUGAGUCACAAGACUUCUUCCAGCCACAGCCAAGCUUCCUGGGGCCCAAGGGGGUCUCCUGUGGACACCCUGCAGCCCGCUAGUCCAAACUCAUGACUGCUCCUCCAAUCAGCAACCUUCCCAACAUACACACACACACACACCCCUUCCCUCUUCCUCAUUUUCCUAGACCCCAGCUCCAGCCUCCAACCUGGGGCUCAGCCGCUCAUGCCUUCCCCUGCCCCACCCUGCAGGUGCUCAGGCACUGUGGGGUCCUUGGUUUUUUUGUUUUUUGUUUUUUCAUCUAGAAUUAUAGAUCCAGCCAACCUAGCGCUUAAGUGGCAGCACCAAAUAAAGACAUUUAAAACGCAUAAAGAAAGUGAUUCGCUCAGUCGUGUCCGACUCUCUGUGACCUCAUGGACUGUAACUCACUCUUCCUCUAUCCAUGGAAUUCUCCAGGCAAGAAUACAAGAAUGGGUGGCCAUGCCCUUCUCCAGGGGUCUGCCCCCUCCCAGGGAUCAAACCUGAGUCUCUCGCAUUGCAGGUAGAUUCUUUACUGUCUGAAACGUGCUUCUCAUGCAUCCUCUCUGAAAGAACUUCUCAGAGAAUUACAGAAAAGCGAAACACACUGUCUUAGUUAGCUUGGGCUGUGUAACAAAGAACCACAGCCGGACCACUCACUUUCCCACAGUCCUAGAGGCUGGGAGUGGCGGUCAGGUGUGGGUAGGGUGGUUCCUGCUGAAGCUUCUGCCUCUCUUGUUCCUGGACGCCUCAUUCCACGUCCUCAUGUGGUCUUUCCUCGGAGUGUGCAGGGAAGGAGGGGUCUCUAGCUCUCCUCUUACAGGGGCACUGAUUCCGCCAUGUCUGGGCCCUACGGUAUGACCUCACUUAACCUUACUUCCUUAGAGGUCCUUGCUCCAAAUAUAGCCACAUGGGAUCAGGGCUUCAACAUAGGGAUUUGGGGAAGGAAUACAAACAGUUGUCAAGCACAAACAGGACACAAACAUCUGGCUUCCCUGGUGUCUCAGUGGUAAAGAAUCUGCCUGCAAUGCAAGAGAUGUGGGUUCGAUUCCUGGGUCAGGAAGAUCCCCUGGAGAAGGAAAUGCCAACUCACUCCAGUAUUCUUGCCUGGGAAAUCCCAUGGGCAGAGGAGCCUGGUGGGCUGUAGUCCAUGGGGUCACAAAAGAGUCGAACGUGAGUUUAGUAACUAAACAACACAGAACAUUUGGUCCAUCACACACACACACGUAACCAAAAGUGGGGUCCAGUUUCUCACUGCUCAAAAGACAAUAAAGAGGCCAGGUUGGUG